GAAUAACUCAGUUUUGGUUGGUCAAGUGAUGUUUCUUUCAUGCGAUUGUGAACAUUGUGUUGUAGAAUAUUUUGUUUGUUAAAAUUUCCAGCAUAUUAAUGAACUGGUCAUUCGAAAGAUUCCUCAACGUCCUACAUAUCAAAAUUAUUCACAUGAGUCGGAUAGUUGAUAUGAAAAAAUAGUCAUUGUUAUAUCAGCUGUUAUAAAUAUUAAUGGUCAAAUUGUUCACAACUGAAUUAUUUUUUCGAACGUUAGUGGUUUGUUAGCAAAUGUGAAACGAGAAUGUCGGAGCAAGUGGUGAUUUCUAUGGAAGGAGAAUCUUAUUCCUUCGUCAGUUCUGCAAUCACAUUCAUUCUCUGUUUAACGGCGAUAUUGACAGCUUAUCACUACUGGUUCAAAAAUUUGAGGCAUGUCAAAUUGACGGACAAUAUACCCAGUCCGAGAACUCUGCCAAUUUUGGGACAUAUUCAUAUGGGCAUCGGAAAGUCACCUACAGAUGUUUACGACUUGGUAUAUGACCUUUACCACAAACUUAAUAGCGAUAUCGUGAAACUGUAUUUUGGACCAAAGCUAUACAUUGGAAUCUGCAGUGCGGAAGAUGCAGAGUUAAUAUUGGGAAGUAGCGUCCAUUUAGAAAAACCUCAGGAAUACCGAUUAUUUGAACCUUGGUUAGGAGAUGGAUUACUUAUAAGUAAAGGUGAAAAAUGGCGGUCGCAUAGAAAAAUGAUUGCUCCCACAUUCCACACAUCUAUUCUCAAAUCCUUCAUGCCAGUAUUCAACAAGAACGCGAAUAACUUGGUGGAGCAGUUUAAAAAAGAAAAGAAAGUUUUUGACGUUCAUAAUCAGAUGAGUGCUGUUACAGUUGAUACAUUAUUAGAAACAUCCAUGGGUGUUGUCAAAACUGACGAAGACAAUACUGGUUUCGAUUAUGCUAUGGCAGUAAUGGAUUGCUUCAUAGUUGAUGAAGACCUAAAUGGUGCUAUUGGGAGUGAAUCUAGUCCCUGGGGUUUCGUGGUAAUCAAAAGAAAAAAAGAAGAUUACAUGGCACGGAAGAAAUCAGGUGAAACGAGUCUGUACAUGAGAGCCGUCAAAACUGGGGAUUACGAAGAUAAUCAAGGCAGCCAAGAUAUUAUGACCAACUAUAUCAAAGACGAUUUGGAUGAAAACGACGACAACGAUGUUGGUGAAAAGAAACGGUUGGCGUUUUUGGACUUUAUGAUUGAAGCAAGUCAAACAGGAAAUAAUAUUACCGAUGAAGAAAUCAAAGAAGAGGUUGAUACAAUUAUGUUCGAGGUGAGUGCUUGGGAAUUACUUCAAUUUCCUAUAUUUUUUAGUGAUGGUUUAUUAAUUAUUCAAAUAUUUUUCAUUCACGAAUUUUCAGUAACUGGAGAUUAUAUAAUUCCUGCCGGAACAAGUGUGGGUAUUUGCCAGGUAUUGAUUCACCGAAAUAAAAAAUACUACAAAGAUCCUUUGAAAUUCGAUCCUGAUAACUUCCUACCAGAAAGAUGCCAGGAGAGGCCGUAUUAUGCUUACGUUCCUUUCAGUGCUGGACCCCGAAGUUGUGUCGGUCGAAAAUAUGCGAUGUUGAAAUUGAAAGUAUUGCUAGCAGGCGUUCUCCGUAAAUUCCAGAUACAUUGCUCAGAGACAGAAGAAGAUUUCAAAUUACAGGCCGAUAUAAUAUUGAAAAAAACUGGUGGUUUCAAUAUUUCUGUUACUGAGAGGAAGCAUUGAAGCAAAAUGUCCAUAAUUAUAUCUCAUGUUGCAGAGUGAUAAGUUUGAUAGUUGAAAGGGUAGUAUUAACAUCUCAGCUAUAAUAAUAUUCUCUACAUUGAUAAUUAAUAUUAUUACCAUUAUCAUCAUUAUAAAUUGUUACCAAUCUAAAAA